UCAAUCGCCCCAAAACUUUUCCUCAUCGGACGCCGCUCUAAACGGGCACAGGCCGAAACCCGAGUUUGUUGUCGGAGAUGUCUUCUUGGUACACUCCGGAAAGGUAUGGUGACUGGCCGGGAUCCUCGCCUCCCGAGCGCAAUACAGAUAUACGGGACACUCUUCUUUGGCAGCACGUAUUUUUGGGGUGAUUGGGUAUGGAAACCCAUGUACAUGUUGCGGUGGUGCAAGCUGGGCUGAGAGGUUGCAAACACAACGUUCAUGAUGGACGUAGUGUUUGGUACUCCCAAGAAGGAGGGGGACCCAUUGCCGAUCCUGAUGCGGUGGGAAAUUUGCCCGACGCUGAUCACUCCGGGUUUGGUUGCGAAGCCUUCGCUUGCAGUCUGGCAUGAAACAGCACCUUGCUUUCUGGACGGUGUCGUGACGACGGUGACUAAAAUCGCCAUACAUGGACGUAUCCCUCUCGAGUGGGCCUGGCCAAACCCUCGGGCAGGACGACUGCCUACGGCACGACGGCCCCUGCCUCAUCUACAAUGGGCAAUCAAGUUGCCUGGGGUACAGCCAGUCGAGCGUGGAAUCAUAUUGUUCAACGCAUGCUGCAGGUACUCGACGAAGGUCAAGGCGUUGGACCCCACGGACAACUAUGAAAUAUACUCCAACGACGCCAGGGUUCGAAACGAGACUUGGAAAGAGUACAACAACUGGAUCAAACGGCGCUACUGGAGGGAGCACAACAAGAGCAUUGACGCGCAAAAAACCUGAAGUUCCACAAGGAAGGGGGGCGUGGCUUCCACCGAUCAGCAAGGGGGGCGUGGCUUCCACCGACGCUUGUUAAUGGAGGAUAGAGGACAAUGGAGAGGGGCGGCACAGUGGGAAAGUUGAGUAGGACGCUUGAGGCCGCGUCAUGAUGGCGUGCGGUCGAAUGGAGGUGACGCUUGGCUUAGGCGAGGACAGCUAGCUAUAGGUACCAGCGUGCUGCUGUAUGCCUGUCAAGUCCGGCCGCGUAGUCUAUGCACGUAGCCCUAGCGGGUGGAGAAGUAGAAGGGUUUUAUUUUUUUGGAAUUGUUCGGCAGAUGACAUGGACGAGAGGUAGAACCGCCUUGCGGUGGUAGUAGCGAAAAUGGUUGACGAUGUGUAUUUCAUGUGUCCGCCGCCAUCGGCGUGUUUUCGUCCCUAACUAACAACUCCGAAAGCUGGACGCGGAGCCUUUCGGUUUGGAAUGACACUGGCAACGAGACGAAUGCAAGAAUCACGUGUGAGAUUGGCCAAGCUUCUUCUUGUCCGUGUGUCUCGCCAUGUUGUACAGGGAGUUUGUAGACGGCAUCAAAUGUGAACUUGUGUUGCACUUGUUGCACAGCACGGUGUCGAGAUGAUGUUUGGGUUAGAAGAAGAUCCGUAACGUCCACGCCUCUCGGAGAGAGAGAGAGGCGCAGGCAAGUGAGCAGGACUCAGUUUUUUUUGUGUGUGCUCCCCACUUUGUCUUUUUAGUGGGCGGAGCUGUCUAAAUCACACGCGAAGGUAUCAACCAGGGUAAGUCACGUU